AUGGAAACACAUAAUCUAACAAUGAUCAAUGAAUUCAUUCUCAUGGGAAUCACAGACCGUCCUGAGCUGCAGGCUCCAUUAUUUGGGCUCUUCCUCAUCAUCUAUAUGAUCUCAGUGGUGGGCAACCUGGGCAUGAUCAUCCUCACCCAGGUGGACUCCAGGCUACAAACACCCAUGUACUUCUUCCUCAGACACCUGGCUCUCACCGAUCUGGGUUAUUCAACAACUGUAGGACCCAAAAUGCUGGUCAAUUUUGUUGUGGAUCAAAAUACAAUCUCCUAUGAUUUUUGUGCUAUACAGCUCACUUUCUUUCUUGUGUUCAUUGUUAGUGAACUUUUUAUUCUAACAGCAAUGUCCUACGACCGCUAUGUGGCCAUCUGUCACCCUCUGCGCUAUCCAGUCAUCAUGUCACAAAGGGUGUGUCAGGUGCUGGUGGCCAUCCUCUAUCUCUACAGCACAUUUGUGUCUCUUAUAGUCACCAUAAAGAUUUUUAGUUCGUCCUUCUGUGGCUACAAUGUCAUUAGUCAUUUCUACUGUGACAGUCUCCCCUUGAUAUCUUUGCUUUGCUCAAAUACACAUGAAACUGAAAUGAUUAUUCUGAUUUUAGCCGGUUUUGAUUUGAUUUCAUCCCUUUUGAUAGUUAUUGUGUCUUACCUCCUGAUCCUUGUAGCCAUCGUCAGGAUGAACUCAGCUGAGGGUAGACACAAGGCUUUUUCUACCUGCGGGUCCCACCUGACAGUGGCCACAGUGUUUUAUGGGACUCUGAUAUUUAUGUAUGUGCAACCCGAGUCCAGUCAUUCCUUUGACACUGAUAAAGUGGCUUCCAUAUUUUACACCCUUGUUAUCCCCAUGUUGAAUCCCUUGAUCUAUAGCUUGAGGAACAAGGAUGUAAAAUAUGCAGGACAAAGGAUGUGGAAAAAAAUAUCCCUCCUACUGUUCUCUUUAUGUUGCAAUCCACGCAGCAGCAAUGGCCAGCCUAACUCUGUUGAUGCUGGUGGCAAGAAAUUUCUAACAGCAGAGAGGAGUCCUGCAAUUCAACUCAAUAUUGACUCCCUCUACCCAGAGAUAGUGUCAGAUCCUCCGGGUUAA